CCAAACAAAAGAGAGAGCGUAAGGGAGAGAAACAAAGAGAGGGAAGAAGAGUCGUAGUUGUGCUCGAAUCUUCGAACCUUCUCUUUUACCCCGCCACAUAAACCGGGGAUCGACCAACAAAGACGGCGAACAAGGGAGGCAGGCAGGCGGCGGCCGAAGAAGAACCGAUCCCGUUCCCUUAAUUCCCUUCCUGUUUCGCCUCAAACUCCGAUCCGAAAGAAAAUAAUUAAUUCGUUAGGAUUCUCGUACGAGGAUCGGAGAUUCUCUUCGUUGUUCGGAGGAUUCGGACUCUUGGUCUCCAAUUAGGGUAUUGAAGAGGUAAAUACAGGUCCCGAGCCUUCUUUUUCAGUAGAUCUUUCGUUGUUUACGCCACUGGAUGUUGGAGUUCUUGUGAGCAUUACAGACAACUGUGGAAGGUCAUCUUUCAAUCUCCUUAAACCUAUAUUUUGUGGAACUCCAGAUACCUUAAUUGAUAUUCUAUCUUCAGAAUAGAGGUCUGUUAGAGUUCUGUCUUUUGCUUGGAGAAAUGUCAGAAGGUCUGGAAGGAGUGCUUACUCAUGAUGAGAGAAAAGAAAGGAGAUCAGAUGUGGAGAAUUCAGAAGAUGAAAGAAGAAGAUUAUCGAUUGGGUCACUAAAGAAAAAGGCAUUGAAUGCUUCAAGUAGACUCACCCAUUCUCUUAAGAAACGGGGGAAAAGGAAAGUUGACUAUAGGGCAUCUUCGGUUUCCAUCGAGGAUAUAAGAGAUGCAGAAGAAGAGCGUGCAGUCUAUGCAUUCCGACAAGAACUUAUUUCUAGAAAUUUGUUGCCUGAUAGGCAUGAUGAUUACCACAUGCUGCUCAGAUUUUUGAAAGCUAGGAAGUUUGACUUUGAGAAAACUAUUCAGAUGUGGGCUGAGAUGCUUCAGUGGAGAAAAGAAUUUGGAACAGAUACCAUAUUGGAGGAUUUUGAAUUUGAAGAGCUGGAGGAAGUUCUGUGCUACUAUCCUCAGGGUUACCAUGGAGUUGAUAAAGAGGGAAGACCUGUAUAUAUAGAGAGGCUUGGAAAAGUUGAGCCAAAUAAGCUUAUGCGCAUCACCACUGUAGAUCGCUACAUAAAGUACCAUGUACAGGAAUUUGAGAGAGCUUUUCAUGAAAAGUUUCCUACAUGUUCAGUUGCAGCCAAGAGACACAUUGAUUCAACAACUACAAUAUUAGAUGUGCAUGGUGUGGGUCUGAAAAAUUUUAGCAAGACAGCAAGAGAACUCCUACUAACUAUGCAGAAAAUAGAUGGUGAUUACUAUCCUGAGACUCUACAUCAAAUGUUCAUUGUCAAUGCUGGUUCCGGCUUUAAGCUGCUCUGGAACACAGUGAAGGGUUUUCUUGACCCCAAAACUACUGCAAAAAUACAUGUAUUGGGAACAAAAUUUCAGCAUAGACUACUAGAAGCUAUCGAUGCAAGCCAACUGCCAGACUUCUUGGGUGGCUCUUGCAUAUGCCUCGCUGAGGGGGGGUGUCUUAGGUCUAAUAAAGGACCAUGGAAGGAUCCUAACAUUAUGAAGAUGCUGUUUCUCGAGUGGUCAAGUUAUUAUGUAGGCAGAGAAGGGGAGAACACAAAGGUUGUGCGUAAUGCUCAAACGACUUUGUCAAGGCAUGCUAGACAAGUAUUCCAUGGAGAACCGCUAGGUGCCUCCUUAACAAGGCCACAUCCUCUGAAGGGAAGAAGCAGCGAUACAUCGACAGCUGAAUCUGGAUCAGAUUUUGAUGAUCUUGGCUCUCCUAUCACAACUGGGUUGGGUGAAUAUAUUCAUUUGCCUCCAGUUUGUGAGGAAGUCAGAGCAAGAGAUUCAACAGCUUACUACAGUUGCGAUGACCAUUUUGUUGUGGUUGACAAAGCUGUGGAUUGUGGUAGAAGAGGAGCAGGGUCUGAUAAAACAUCUUUACAGCUUAAAGAUCAAGGGAGGCUGUCCAAUGGUGGUGCAACAUCAAGUUCCCUAGAUAAUUUGACCAGUGAGAGCCGCAUUACCACAAAGGAGGAUUCAGAGGAAGGAAUUUUCCAACAUCUUGCAAGAAUAAUAGUAGCAUUUCUUAUCGGAGUUCUAUCCUGCUUUCGUAUUUUAGGUAGGAGAGAAGAGAGACAAUUGGGCAACAACCAUCCUUCUGAUUUACUGGAUCCCACUCCCAAUCCCCAUCCAACUAUGGAAACUAUUGAAGAACACCUCAGUCCUUGUUUAGAGCGCCUUCAGAGGCUUGAGAUGAUGUUUGAUGAGCUCAGCUGCAAGCCUGCAGAGAUUCCUUUAGACAAAGAGCAUUUGCUUCUAGAAUCUUGGGACCGAAUAAAGUCUGUUGAGUGUGACCUAGACAGGACAAAAAAAGUUUUGCAGGCCACAUUGAUGAAGCAACUGGAAAUUGCCGAGUCAUUAGAAGCUGUGCAGGAGUCAAACCUUCGGAGGCGGAGAUUUUGUUGAACAUUGAAAGAAUGUCAGCAGCCGUUGUAAAUGGAUGGGUUUUUUUGUAGUUGGAUGAUUUCCAAGCAGCAUCAAGUACACAUUGCUGUAAAUUGAUAGGUUGAAGUGUCAAAUGCGGUGUCUCAAGUUCAGAGUUCAUGUCAUAUGGCCAAGUGAAGGGUAGAGCAUGAUUUAGAAGGGAAAAAAAUGGGGAAAUCUGUUUUUAGUUGUAAACUCAGUCCUCCCUCUCUCUCUCACACACACAAACACACACACACACAGCCACCCCUACUGUUCCGUCAUUUUUAUGAAUGUAGCAGUAACUGAAGCCAAGAGAGUUGAAGAUAUUGAAACUUGGUGAGAAACAUUGUAAAAGAGCAGGAGUACAGCAAGGCCCCCAGAAUAUGCAGCUGACGGUUGAGGAACUGAUCACUGCUCAUAAGACUUGCUCAUUGUUUGUGCAAAUAUUAUGGUGAGCAAUAUUGGAGUCCAUUAGUUUGUCAUAAUAAUUUAUCCAAAGUGGCAGGAUUUUCAAAUUGCAUUUUGAUUUUAGUAAUUUGUGCCUUUAUUUCACUCA